AUGACCUUGGGCUCCCAAGGCAGCUCAGCCAAGACGUCGACGGCAUCCGCACCACCGACACCGCAAGCAACCAUACCGAGGACCACCCGCGUCGGGCGUGUGCGAGCCCGUGCCGAUCAUAAGUCCACCGGGGAAUGCAUAGUUCUCGAGGAUAAUUUGAAAUCGAGACCGUACUUCGGGGCGCGUCAGUGGGAGAUCAUUAAACAAGUCGCUGGCGAAUCGGAGCUCGUCGCAGCACGCCGGCGCACACUUGCGAACGCAGAGUCGCGAAGGGCAAAAUUAGGACCCAAUGCCAAUGAAGUGAUAAACGAUGAAGAUGAGUUCAAAGAUGGGCACAUCGCUAUAUCAAGCGAAGUUAUGGAUACUGCGGCCCAGCUCAUUUCCGAAAACACGGAUACACUGUACCCCAUAGAGGCCGAUCGGUACGUCGGUCCUAUCUCUGCGCAUGCACCGUACCGGAUACAGAUCAUGGACAAAACCACCCUCGAAAGUGCUGCAAUCCUUGGUAUUAGGCUCGGAACAGUCUUCUACGUUAGCUACCCCGUAUUCAACACGACCAUCUUCAUAUGGGGCGCUACCUUGACGAUGCAUGCCGCGUGCGAGGACUUCGCGCAGUUAUUCGUCGCUUGCUUGCUACUCGGCAUGUGUGAAGGAUCUAUCAUGGCGGGCCUCAUGAUCGUCAGCUCUAUGUUCCUUCUGAUGAAUGGGACCGAACUAAGGGCGUUGAAUCAUGGCAAUGGUCGGGGUUUUCGCGCCACCGAUACUCACAGCGUCAUCUCGUACGUCAGGCUCGUGACAAUCACCGGCGUUAUGACAUUCCUCCCUGUCAUGGUCUAUUGCCUUCAUUUCCCCGACUCUCCCACAAAUGCAUGGUUCUUGACCAAUGAAGAAUGUAUGGCGACUGUACAACGCCUGAAGUACACGCUCUUCAGUCCCUCAAAAGCCUCCAUGCUAAGUCCGCCUUUUCACACGGAAACCACAGGGGCUGCUUGGCCCAGGGCCAUGGUUGUACCUUCUCUCGCCUUCACUUACCUACAGACGACACUUCUCGGCUGUGUGGACGGCAUCAUCAAAAUCGUCACUAUCUGGAUGGGCG